AUGGCCACAGGUCGGAGUUCAUGGCGGAGGAGCGGUUUACUGGUGGUUGUCUUGUCCAUGAUCCUACUUACAUUCCGUAAGAGUGCCAUCAGCUAUUCAGUUCGUCCUGGGCCAGCACCGUCUAUUGAUGACCAGAGGAGAUUCUGGUAUGCCUUCCAUGCCAUCCUCAAGGUUGCUGCCCCAGGCUGCAAAGCGCCCAUCAAACUCGAGGAACGGCCGCAGGCUCUAGAAUUUCACCCGGACAAUAUCGGAAACAUUACUCUGCCGGAGAAUCUCAUGCUGGAGGAAGGAGAUAGGAGGAAAUUACGGCUCGCCCAUGCUCGGUUUCUCAGAUUGCUUGUUCCGCCGGAUGGCCCAGUAUUACCAUUCCAAAGGAGGACACGAGGUAUUGUUUCCACGGCCAGCAAGUCAAUGCUUCCAACCCUCGUAACAUCCAUCUACAUGCUGCGAGUAACUGGUUCAAAGCUUCCAGUGGAGAUAUUCCUUGCGGAUAAACAUGAGCACGAUGCGUUUACGUGUGGUAUACUGCUCCAGUCUCUGAAUACACGCUGUAUAAUCCUGGACGAGAUAUUAUCAUUCUCUCCCUUGCAAGAAGGAUUGAUGAAAUAUCAAUUCAAAAUAUUUUCACUACUCUUUUCUUCGUUUGAAGAAGUUUUCUUUCUCGACGCAGAUGCCUUUCCCAUACAUGACCCCUCCCACCUAUUCACGUCAAAACCAUUCGUAUCAACCGGGAUGGUAACAUGGCCAGAUUUUUGGCAAGUUACAUAUCACUCUUGGUUUUUCGAAAUAACAGCUCAGAUAUUACCGAAGAGCUUUCCCUUCCCAUCCACCGAGUCCGGCCAGCUUUUAUUAUCCAAACGGACGCAUUCUAAGCUACUCUUACUUUCCGCAUACUACAACUUCUACGGUCCGUCUUACUAUUAUCCAUUACUGUCUCAGGGCCACCCGGGUGAAGGGGAUAAAGAAACGUAUGUUGCGCCAGCGAUGAUCUUGGAGCUUCCAUUUUAUGCUGUUUCCACACGCCCUGCUGUGUUUGGGUAUAUAAACAAGCAUGGAGAAUGGGAAGGGGGCGUUAUCAUUCAGGCAGACCCAACAUGGGAGGUCAUAUCAAGACCAGACCGAAAUUAUGGAUGGAGAGGGAAGCCUGCCACGCCUUCAAACGCAUUCCUCACAUUCCAUGCAAAUUUGCCAAAACUGGACCCGAUUCGGGUCUUUGGAGAAGGCGGCCUUGCUUGGGCCACUGACGGGAGUCCGCAACGCAUGUGGGGCACUGCAAGAGACUCGAUCCUGCGUGUUGGAGCUGAUAUUGAAAAACGCUUAUGGAAUGCUUUGGAGAAGACCUCAUGUCAGAUGGAAUGGAAUUUCGCGCCUUGGGAUGGGAAGCAUAGGCUUUGUGAAAAGAUCCGGCGGUUUAUUCGCGGCAUGGCUUAG